AUGGCCGUCGCUGAUGGUGGCACCGAUCGACCCUCGUUUGCUGACCUGGUGGCUGCUGUCCCCCAGCCUAUUCCGGAGAUGGUUCUGCCGUUUAGAACUCCGAAACUGCUUGACAGUGAAGUCUACUUCCAGUUUUCGCUUGAGGAGAUUACCAAAUUUGCAAAGCCCUUUCGUUACUCGGUAGUAUUGAAGUUCUUGAAGCAGCGACCGUCCCUUGAUGUCGUGCGUUCAUUUAUUCAUAACCGAUGGGGUCUCUUAACCUCUCCCACUGUCUUAUCCAUGCGACGUCCGAGGAACAUUUUCGUUCGUAUGGUGAAUGAUGCAGACUUCACAAAGGCCCUGUCCAAGGAUGUAUGUGAGAUUAACGGUAUUUCUUACCAUGCGUUUAGGUGGAUGCUGGACUUUACAGAGGAUGAAGAGCCUUCAAAAGUUCCGGUUUGGAUAUCUCUCCUAGGUCUCCCUGCUAACUUUUAUUGUGAAUCAUUCUUAAACAUUUUAAUGGCCCCGAUUGGCACUUUCAUUCGUCAGGAUAAUCCAACGCGGUGUGCCACUAGAACCGACGGGGCUAGACUAUGUGUUGAGGUUGACGCUGCCAAGGAGCCGCUUGGCCACUUCUGGAUUGGAGCUCCAAGUUUACCUUCUAGUAGGAAGCAAGAAGUGGUUUAUGAAACACUUCCUGCCUACUACUGUAAGUUUCGCAUGCAAGGACACAAUUCACGUACCUGUCGGGCAGAACAAAUAGCACAAAGGAGUAAGGCACGAGUAGAGGUGAAAGGGCAGAAAGGCAUGAAUGUACAUGAGGAACCUGUUGAUGUUCUUGGGAUGAAUGAAAAACCUAGUGCGGUGAUUGAUACAAACCCUUGUGCAGUUGGUGCAGUCGGGGGGAAUGAGGAGCCGAUUGCGGUUCUUGAGAUUGAACUGAAUGUAGUUGGUGCAGCUGGGGUCAUGGGGGUGAAUGAAAAAACUGUUCUUGAUAUAAAUUCAGCUGCAGUUGGUGCAGUCGGGGUGAAUGAGGAUCCUGUUGGUGUAGCUAGGGGGAAUGAGGAGCUGGUUGCUGUGCUUGAGGUGGAACCGAGUGUAGUGCCGAAGGGUAUUUCACUAACAGCGAAUGGGGUGGGGGUUGAUGAUAGUGCAAAGGAACUUCUUGCUAUGGGGGUGAUUCCCAAUCAUGUUGGGUUUUUGAAGAUUGGUGAGGAAUGCGUGGCUGUUUCCCAAGUGGAUUCUUUUCUUGUAUUUUCUGAUUCAGUAAAUGAUUUAACUCUUGCAGGGGGUGGGCUUUCGAAUUCUAUUGUUCAUGUUUCGAUUGAGAAAGAGAGUGAGCAUGUGGAUCCUGUUAUAGUUUAG